CCAGGCUUUUCACAAUGUCAAUGUCUUUUCCCAUCCUAGUUGUGGGAGGUAGCAUGGUGCAGUGAAAUGGACUGGUAUUUAAGAGCCAGAUCUGUCUGAAUUCAAAUCCUGCCUCUUUAUUAUGUCAGUAAAAGACCUUUUGGUGGGGCAGCUAAGUGCCUGGCAUAAGAAAAGUAUAGAUACUGGUUCGAAUCCCCACUCCAGAACUGGCGGCGUCCCAGUCCCGCGGGUGUGGGGCGCCGGAGGACCCGCCCUCGGGUUCAUGGCGGCCCCGGUCCGCCUGGGCCGGAAGCGCCCGCUGCCUGCCUGUCCCAAUCCGCUCUUCGUUCGCUGGCUGACCGAGUGGCGGGACGAGGCGACCCGCAGCGGGCGCCGCACACGCUUCGUGUUUCAGAAGGCGCUGCGGUCCCUCCGACGGUACCCACUGCCUCUGUGCAGCGGGAAGGAAGCUAAGAUCCUACAGCACUUCGGAGACGGGCUCUGCCGGAUGCUGGACGAGCGGCUGCAGCGGCACCGAACAUCGGGCGGUGACCAUGCCCCGGGCUCGCCAUCUGGAGAGAACAGUCCAGCCCCGCAGGGGCGACCUGCGGAAGUCCAGGACUCUUCCAUGCCAGUUCCUGCCCAGUCCAAAGCGGGAGGCUCUGGCAACUACUGGCCAGCUUGGCACUCAGGAGCCCGAGUGAUACUGCUGAUGCUUUACCGAGAGCACCUGAAUCCUAAUGGCUACCACUUCUUAACCAAGGAGGAGCUGCUGCAGAGGUGUGCUCAGAAGGCCCCCAGGGUAGCCCCUGGGAGUGCUCGACCCUGGCCAGCCCUCCGCUCUCUCCUCCACAGGAACCUGGUCCUCAGGACACACCAGCCAGCCAGGUACUCAUUGACCCCAGAGGGCCUGGAGCUGGCCCAGAAGUUAGCCGAGUCAGAAGGCCUGAGCUUGCUGAAUGUGGGCAUCGGGCCUAAGGAGCCCCCUGGGGAGGAGACAGCAGUGCCAGGAGCAGCUUCAGCAGAGCUUGCCAGCGAAGCAGGCGUCCAGCAGCCACCACUGGAGCUGAGGCCUGGAGAGUACAGGGUGCUGUUGUGUGUGGACAUUGGCGAGACCCGGGGGGGCGGGCACAGGCCGGAGCUGCUCCGAGAGCUACAGCGGCUGCACGUGACCCACACAGUGCGCAAGCUGCACGUUGGGGAUUUUGUAUGGGUGGCACAGGAAACCAAUCCUAGAGACCCAGCGAGCCCUGGGGAGUUGGUACUGGACCACAUUGUAGAGCGCAAGCGGCUGGAUGACCUUUGCAGCAGCAUCAUUGACGGCCGCUUCCGGGAGCAGAAGUUCCGCCUGAAGCGCUGUGGCCUGGAGCGCCGGGUAUACCUGGUGGAAGAGCAUGGCUCGGUCCACAAUCUCAGCCUUCCUGAGAGUACGCUGCUGCAGGCUGUCACUAACACUCAGGUCAUUGAUGGCUUUUUUGUGAAGCGCACAGCAGACAUUAAGGAGUCAGCUACCUAUCUGGCCCUCUUGACGCGGGGUUUGCAGAGACUCUACCAGGGCCACACCCUACGCAGCCGCCCCUGGGGAACCCCUGGGAACCCUGAAUCAGGGGCCAUGCCCUCUCCAAACCCUCUCUGCUCACUCCUCACCUUCAGUGACUUCAACGCAGGAGCCAUCAAAAAUAAGGCCCAGUCAGUGCGAGAAGUGUUUGCCCGGCAGCUGAUGCAGGUGCGCGGAGUGAGUGAGGAGAAAGCAGCAGCCCUGGUGGAUCGAUACAGCACCCCUGCCAGCCUCCUGGCCGCCUAUGAUGCCUGUGCCACCCCCAAGGAACAAGAGACACUGCUAAGCACCAUCAAGUGUGGGCGUCUACAGAGGAAUCUGGGGCCUGCUCUGAGCAGGACCUUAUCCCAGCUCUACUGCAGCUACAGCCCCCUGACCUGAGCUUAUGCUGUGAGCCUCCAACCCCCAUCUGUACCCCCACGCAGGCUAGCCAGCCUUUUAACAGCAUCUUUUGGAGUAAAAUUAGAAUCUAAGUGUUUGCAGCCAUAUGUGUUAGGUAGAAGAUGCCUGGCCCUGGGGACCUCGUGAAAUACGCAGGAACCAGGGAUACCGUCUGGACCAGUGGUUUUUAAACAAAGCUGCUUAGGACCUGGGAUUGCCUGGUCAGGGAGAUGGAGUCAGUGGGGCACUGCAGCUUUGAAUCGAUUUUAUGUCAUCAGUUGGUCCUCAUCCAAUAAAACUUCCUUAGGAGUGCAGAGGGCUCAUUGGGAAAAUAAAAAUAAUAAAAAUAAAUAAAACUUCCUAAAAGAAAAGCUUGAAAACCA